AUCGUCUAUGGUAUGGAAGGCGCCAUCUUCUUUUUUGUCUUCGUCGCCAUUGUCUUGAAAGUCGAUGACUUCAUUCUUCGUCUGCUUGUUCAUUGAUCAAGAAAACGGAGCUGCGUAUUGCAGCUCUUGAGUUAUUUAAUUUUAGAGUGAUUCAGUGUCCAGUCGUAACCAUGGGACAAGAAAUGUUUCUAUCGUUAGCCCUUCUAUUUUUAACCAGCGGGGCCCUCACAAAUGCUCAAAGCGAGGGCGAGGCGCGCGGCUUCGCGGAGCUGGAGCCGGCCGUGGUGUACUACGACAUCAACCGCAACAUCACGCUCAACUGCACCUUCCCCAACGCCGACAAGACGCUCACCUACCUGUGGAAGAAGAACGACAAGGCGAUCAACGAGGUGCCCGAGCUGAAGGAGCGCUUCAAGCUGGAGGAGAACAACGCGGUGUUCUCCGUCAAGGGCCGCGCCAACGAGGACGACUACGGCAACUACUCGUGCGCGCUCGGCGGCGAGGCGCGCGCCUGGGAGCUGCGCGGCCGGCCCGUGGCGCGCCUGCCCGACAACACCAACGUCGUCGAGGGCCAGAAGCUCAAGCUGCAGUGCAAGGUGGUGGGCAAGCCGUACCCGCGCGUGACGUGGACGUACCGCCCGACCGAGGAGAGCAACGAGACGGUGCCGCUGGGCGAGACGGAGGGCGAGGGAGCCGAGGCGGAGGGCGCGGCGCGCUGGCGGCUGGAGCCCAACGAGCAGGGCGUGGAGGGCGCGGCGCUGGUGCUGGAGGCGGCGGCGCGCGCGGACGCGGGCGUGUACGCGUGCCGCGCGGGCGCCGGCGCGCCCGACCACACCGUGCUGCGCGUCAAGGACAUGUACGCGGCGCUGUGGCCCUUCCUGGGCAUCUGCGCCGAGGUGUUCGUGCUGUGCGCCAUCAUCCUGGUCUACGAGAAGCGCCGCACCAAGCCCGAGCUGGACGACUCCGACACCGACAACCACGACCAGAAGAAGUCGUAAGCGCGCGCGUCGGCGGGCGGCGGACGGCGGCCCCGCGGCGCGGUCGUCCGAAAUAUUCGUAUUUAUGUUUUUUUUUACCAAAAAGUUAUGAUUUAUAUUAUAUUUUUGACGAGUUCUUGACGAGAUUGUGAUAGUUUUCGCUGACGAUGGUCCGAUCGAGACGUUCGGUCCGGCCGAUUAGGAAGCGCGCCUUCGAGUCCGCGCCGCUGCGGACUUGCGAAGGGAGGCGGGAGCUCCGGUGUAAGCUUGUAGUUUGUCCUGGAAUGUUAGACUUAAUUGCAAUAUUAGAAUAGAACGAUGUCGUCAAGAACUUGGAAAUCGUUCAAUUUUACAGGAAUUGUGGUUGUAUUUGCCAAAAGACAUGUAACCGUAUGCAUCUAUCAGAAAUGUAAAAAGAUAUACUGCUUACUGAAAAUUAUACUAUUGCUUUCGUGAGAAUUAAGCGUCAUAAAUAAGCAUAGCCAUUGUCAGAUAGAUCGAUAAGUUCUCGUUUUAGUUUCAAGAUUAAGUUUUUCUCUUGGCAAUACUAUCAACUGUUUCUGUUGUUAAUGAAUUUAUUGUGAUCGUUAUAAUCGAUAGGAUUAUGUACAAUUUUUAAUGAUAUACAAUUUAGUUAAUUCUAUCGUUAUUUUCGCGUCGUAUUAAGGUAUAAAUGAAAUAGUAACGGACCGUUAAACAUGUGAAAGUACUAAUAAGUAGGUGCUGCAACGAGUGCUCGCGGCGGAUUAAUAUUUACUUAAUAGAAAGCUAUCUAACUCACCGUGUUUGUUGGAAAUUAAUAAAUUAUUAUGUUAGAAA